GCAGAGAAGAAGACAGAGAGGACACGUGAUGUUUGUGUUCAUUACAGCACGUUGAGGAAACUCUGUAAUGCUGAUUUGAUUAAUAUUAAUCCAUGAGUUCGAGUCUGGCAGGCGUCAGUCCUUUGGCUUUCAUUGAAGCUGAGCUGUUGUUCACCUGCAGGUUUUUGAGAUGACGUACAUGGAGGGUCUGAAAGUUCUGCCGCGAGAUGCCGUGGACUCAGACACGCAGCGCUGUCGGAUGGGCCCGACUCUGAUGUCCAGGUUAGGACUGAGGUUGGGCUCUCCGGUUCUGAUCCGGGUUCUGCAGGGGACGUGUCUCUGCACCGCAUGGCCCCGACUGGACCUCGCAGACGGAUAUCUGCAAAUCAGCACCCAGUGUGCCACACCAGAUCUCAGUACACAAGCGCUCACCGGACUCACGGUCGACCCGCCGCAAAUCAAACCACUGAAAUGCCUCCUGAAACUCUCCUGUGUGACUGUGAAAGUGUUUGUGCAAAGUCCGGGACACAAGAGGAAGGUUCCCGAGCAGAGCGUUCAGCAGCUGCUCCAAGGUCUUUACGUCCACGAGGGUCACUUAGUGGAUCUGUCUUGGGCGAAAGCGGAGAUCAGGUUUGUGUUGGUUGAGAAGGUGAACUCGGGCUCACAGAAAGCUGGUCUGGUUACAGCUAGAACCCGUGUGGACGUCAGCGUGAUACAGACCGUGAAACACCUGGAGAGGCAGCGGCUCCAGGUCUCGGUGUCGGCUCUGGGCGGCUUGGAGGAUGUUUACGCCUCGCUGAAGGAAAUGAUCACCUUUCCUUUGCGUUACCCGGGGACUCUGCGGCAGCUGGGCCUGUCGUGCCCACGAGGGCUGCUUCUGAUCGGGCCGCCCGGCGUCGGGAAGACCCUUCUGGUGCGCUGCGCCGCAAAGGACAUCGGGGCCACGCUAGUGACUGUGAACGGGCCGGAAGUCACGGGAUCUCGACCCGGAGAGAGCGAGGAGAACCUUCGGCGGAUGUUCGAUCAGGCCCGGGCGGAAGCGGAGGAGGGUCCGUGCGUUCUGCUCAUCGACGAGAUCGACUCCCUGUGCCCGAGGCGGACGGGGAGCAGCGGCGCUCCAGAGAACCGCCUCGUCGCGCAGCUGCUGACGUUAAUGGACGCCAUCGGCAGUCAUGAGGGUUUCGUCAUCAUCGGAGCCACAAACCAACCAGACGCUCUCGACCCGGCGCUCAGGAGACCCGGGAGGUUCGACAGAGAGGUGAUCAUCGGCGUUCCCUCGCUGCUGCAGAGGCGCAGUAUUUUGCAGUGCGUGUGCCGAGAGAUGCCGCUCUCCGCUGAUGUCGAUCUGAAUGCUGUUGCUGAAAUGACCUGUGGCUACGUUGGGGCGGAUCUGAGCGCGCUCAGUAGAGAGGCGGCGCUGCAGGCCAUGCGACACUCGCAGGCGGGAGCGAGCGAGUCGGUGUCGAUGCAGCACUUCCUGCGAGCGCUGCGGCACGUGCAGCCGUCGUGUUUGAGGAGCAGCAUCGGAGCGACUGACUUCAGACCCAUCAGCUGGGAGCAGAUCGGAGGGCUGGAGGGCGUGAAGCUCAAACUCAAACAGAGCAUCGAGUGGCCCAUGAGGUUUCCAGAAGCAUUCGUGCGGUUGGGCGUCUCUCGGCCCAGAGGAGUGUUGCUGUACGGGCCGCCCGGCUGCGCAAAGACGACGCUGGUGAAAGCAGCAGCUUCUUCAUCUCACUGCACCUUCCUCUCCCUCAGCGGAGCCGAGCUGUUCUCUCCGUACGUGGGAGACUCCGAGAAAACACUUGCACAGUUGUUUGCUCAAGCGCGUGCAUGUGCGCCCUCCAUCGUGUUCCUGGACGAGAUCGACAGUAUGGUGGGCUCUCGAGCGGACAGCGCUUCCUCUCACAGUGUGCAGUCGCAGGUUCUGUCUGUUCUGCUGACCGAGCUGGACGGGGUGGGAAUUCGGACCGUGGAGAGGCGGAGCAACGGCAGAAAGAUCGCUCAGUUAGAGGGAGGAGAGCAGGAGGAAGCCAGAAUACAUCAGAUGGAACUCCAGGAAGUGUGUAAUAAGGAUGUUUUGAUUGUGGCUGCCACUAACAGAGCAGAUGUUCUGGACAGCGCUCUGCUCAGACCCGGCCGACUCGACCAGAUUAUAUACGUUCCUCCUCCAGACCUUGAGGGUCGUCUGGCCGUGCUGCAGAUCUGCACUAAAGGCGUCCCGCUGCAUCAGGACGUGUGUUUGCAGGAUCUGGCUGCUCAAACAGAGCGCUUCUCUGGAGCUGAUCUAGAAAACCUGUGCAAAGAGGCGGCUCUUCUGGCCCUGCGUGAGGAAGGACUCGAUGUUUCCUGUGUGAGGCAGGAGUAUUUUCUGAAGGCGCUUCAGGCUUUGAGUCCAUCACUGAGUCCUGAACAACUUAAGCAACACUUUCCCUCAUGUCUCUAUUAAAAAGAUAUACAAUAAAAGUAUGUUUGUGAUUUGUGUACAAA